AUGACAAACGAUGUCAAUCUCAUGUACCAGAAGUACGUUGCCGAGUUGGACACGAUUACGCCUGAGCAGGUGGAAUGGCAGCCAUAUGGCGCCGAUGACAGACUUGGGUACACCCCGGAGUUUACCAUCAACCCGAUGUGCUUGCGGGAUAGGGAUCUCUGGCGUAUGCGGUGCCCACUGAUAUGCAACUGGGUUGUUGAGUUUCAUUUGCCACAUCGCGUGUCUCGUCAGUUUGGUCUGUUCCAGCCUCACCCGCUGGAAUGGGUGGAUACGGACAAAGCACUUCAUAGGUUGGACAGGAGAAGGCAGCGGAAGAUAAAGGACUGGGACAAGCAUCAUGCUUCGUAUGUUACCCGCUUCCAGCUUUGUGUGGAGGAAGCUCGUAGCAGUGCACGCGCCAAGCUUCGUGAGCAUAGUCCACUUGCUUUUGAUAACUACAUACGAUGGCUUCUUGAAAAUACUCGAGUUGAGAUAUGCCCGCCGGCAUAUAAUGAGGAUAUUCUUGAAGAACCCGUAAACUUUGAGGAUCUAUCAAAGGGGAAGUACAACAGAGAUGUCAGGGUAGGGCACGGAGUCCCUGCUGUGCCGAUCAAGAAAGCAGCUGAUGAGAGCCAGUCUAUUCUGGAGGAAACACCGGUUGGAAAAGGCAAUGAUGAUGGUCCACUACGAGCAUUCCUCAAGUGUCAGGCCAGGAAGUUAAGGCGGUUAUCGAAUCUUCUCGGUUGCCGUGAUCCCGAAAUUGAUGAACCAUCUGCCUCUAGGUCUGGUACACCAUCAGACCCCUCAUCUCACCAUCAGAGGGACGAUGUGAGUUCCUCAUAUGCUUAUCAGGAUGAUGAGGGUGCGGCCACCCAAGAGGGCGAUGAGCUUGAUGAUGACAUGACUUUGGCGGACGCUCAACUUCGGUCCCCAUAUGUGUUCAAGCCUAGGCAGCCCAGACGCUGGUACACGCCCAACGACUUUGACAACAGAGGCAACCCAAAGGUGGUCGUAGGGACCUCGCGGAUGGCUAGCUUGGAUCAUGAGGCGGAGGCGGAGGCGGAGGAGGAAGUGCAGGAAGAGGAGGCUCGUCCAUCCAGGAAGAAGAAGAUUGCCUGCAGGCGUGGCACCAGGAACAUGUGCGGAAGGCAUUAG